AAUAUAUUAUCUAAAUGAAAUUGCACAUUGUAAAUCUGAUGUGUGUGUGUGUUUUUCAAAAAAAUAAAUAAAUAAAUAAAUAAAAAUAAACAAAAAUAAAGGGUAAUUGCUUUAGUUCAAAAGAUCUUGAUGAUGGUCAUGAAUUGAAACCAACAAAUGUGAACAAUACAAAGAAUAAUAAAGAUUUAAAUAGCAAAGGGCAUGUAUUAGGUAGUUCUUCUCUUGAAUCUCCUACAAAUGUAGAUUCAAGGGAAGCUAUGCUUAUUGCAGCUGAAAAAAGAAGACUUCAAGCUGAAAACCGUGGAGUAAAAGAAGGCGGAAAAUUAAGUAAACAAUUAGCAGAACAAAAGAAACAACAACAUCAGCCAUCAACACCUAGAAAUGAAGUAGAUGAUCGUCUUGUUUGGGAUUAGUAGAAAGGAGCCAU